AUGGCGGCUUAUUCGCCAGCGGGUCUUUCCAUUAUCGAGGUGAAAGGGUGCUGGAUUCAGGACUGCGCUGACGACUUCGUUGGAAAUAUUGAAAUGAAGAUCGUGCAUGCCACGCUAAGCUUCACGAUAUAA